CCGCUGAUUUGUUUCGCUUCUGGAAGAUUUCAUGGACAUGCGAAAGUAGAUUUCGGCAACUAAAUUUCGAAUUUUACAAAAAUGAGCAACAUAUACAUCCAGGAGCCCCCUACAAAUGGAAAGGUUCUUCUUAUUACUUCAUCUGGAGAAAUUGAGAUUGAGUUGUGGUCAAAAGAAGCUCCUAAAACCUGCAGGAAUUUUGUUCAGCUUUGUUUGGAGGGAUAUUAUGAUGACACCAUUUUCCACAGAAUUAUCAAAGGUUUCUGUGUUCAGGGAGGAGACCCAACAGGAACAGGGAUGGGGGGAGAAUCUAUCUAUGGAAAACCUUUUAAGGAUGAAUUUCAUCAAAGGCUUCGUUUUGUACGGAGAGGGCUGGUUGCAAUGGCUAAUGCUGGACCCAAUGAUAAUCAAAGCCAAUUCUUUUUCACUCUUGGAGCAACACAAGAAUUAAAUGGCAAGCACACCAUCUUUGGCAAGGUUGCAGGAGACACCAUUUACAACAUGAUCAAGAUGGAAGACUGUGAGGUCAACAGUGAUGACAGACCUCUUUUCCCCCCUAAAAUAAAGAAAACAGAGGUUUUAUAUAAUCCUUUUGAUGACAUAGUUCCAAGACAAAUAAAAGAAGAAGUACAAACAAAACCUGAAGAAAGAAAAAAGAAAAAAGUAAAAGGGACAAAAAACUUUAGCCUAUUGUCAUUUGGCGAAGAAGCAGAAGAAGAUGAAUCAACAGUAGCUUCUGUUUCAAAGACAUUAAAGAUGAAAAGCAGUCAUGAUUUGUUGAAUGAUCCAAAACUGAGCAAACAACCCGCUGUUGAAAAUAUUUCUUCAGUGAAGAAAAAGGAGAAUUCCAAGACUAAAGGAUCAGAUGAUGUCAGUGAUGAAGAACCGUCUGAUGGACGAGAUUUUGACGCAGAUAUGCGAGAUAAGGUGCGAGAUAAACUGAUGAAAAGGAAAGCAGAGGAAGAUGAGGACGAUAAUGAUAAAAUAAAAACAAAAGAAGGAUUAAAUCCCAGAGACAAAGGAAUCUGAUGUCUUGGCCGCUUUCCAUGCUGAACAAAAGACAUAUCUUGAAAAAAAGAAAACGAGCCAGAAAAGAAAAGGAGAAGGGAGAGACGAACAGACCCUCUCUCUCCUGGCUUCAUUUGCAUCCAAACUUCAUGAGGCUGAAGGAGAACAAGAAAUUGAGGAAAAGGGAGAAAAAGAAAUUGAAAAAGAUGAAGAAAACCAAGAUGAUGACGCAGGAUGGAUGUUUCACACGUUGAUGUGUGAAGCUGAGAGCAAACGUGCAAGAGAUGCUUACAUAGAAAACGAAGACACAUAUGAAAUAUUUGAUCCACGAAAUCCCAUCAACAAAAGACGAAGAGAAGCGAGUAAAAAAGCCAUGAAAGAGAAACGGAGGUAGCUGGCGCCACUGGGAAACUUCCUUGGACGAACUGUAAGUAAUGCAUUCCUCAGGACAAGCGCCGGUUUUUGGUGCUCCUUGUACCAAUCAAAAAACUGCCAAGCUUUCUCAGACAUAACGCCUGUGUCGGACUACACUAUUGGCUCAAGGUCACAACCAAAGAAGGCUUUUGUUCUUCAGUAGAGGAAGAAUUUUUCUUCUUGUUGGUGAUGUUCAGUUCAUAUAAAAGUGGCAAGUAGCAACUUUUAAAAAUAAUUGUUCUGCUUUAUGAAGGAACUGGCCAAGAUCGGCUGAAAAUGGAUUAAUUUCUGCUGUGAGAUAAAUUGUUUUCAUGACCGUUAAGGUUCUGAAUGGAAAUCAAUCGUGGAAGAAAUAUCUAAUGUGGAGAACAUAUGAACUGUCGUAUACUAUAUCACUGAAUUCCCGGCCUUUAGGCUCUAUAGUCUACAACUAAUGUAACCUCAGUGGUCUGAAUACAUUGCCUUGCGACAACAAUUAAAAUUGUCGUUAAGGUUACAACUGAUCAUUUCCCUAAUUCUCAUGACCUUAACUAGUGGUUCUGUGCUGAUGUUUUAGGAGAAAUUUUUUCAGAGCAUAAUAGCUUUUUUCCUCUUUUAAAUAUUGUGAAAUAUGGUUGAGGAUGAGCUAAAAGUUUACUACCAUCUCGUGUAUUUGAACUUUGUGUGAAGGUUUAAGAAAUAAACAGAUUACAGACCCUCAAACAAUUAGAUUUAGAUGAAGCAGAAGAAGAACAGGGCUCCGUCUAAAACUUUGACUGCAUAGGAUGUUGAUAACGUGAUUAUUUUCUGGUUUUUGGUCUACACGUGACUUGUUCAGACCAUUAACUUGCAAGCGAACACGUGACUUAAUUAGACCAAUAGCGUACACGCGAAAACAUUGGAUGGAUUGUAAAACUUUUUUUUAAAUUUGAUACCUUUCUGAAAUAAAAAAAAUUCUCUAGUGGAGAACAAUUUGUCACAUCAAAUUUGUCUCGCAAACUCCAUUAGUGUUUAUCUCUGUAAAAGUUACUCAUCACGCAAUAAUCGGCAAUUUCCUGAAAGGACAAAUUCUUAUUAAUCGAUUUUACAUCCUUCUGCUCAAGAUGCUCAUGUUUGGGUUAAGUUAAUUAGUAAAGCGGAUAGUGCCCGCAAUAUCAACGCCAAAAGUCUCCCGCCCAAAUGGAGAUUGUCGUUAGGGAAUGGUCGGUUAAACGUGCAUUGGCAUCACUGAGUAAGUGCUAUUGAAGGUGUUAGUUGACAUCAUAGACAUGGCAGUGUUCAUACUGAGAGCUGCACAUCGUUCCGUGAAAUAUCACGGUGAUAGAGACCUCUAAGGCCCAAAUGUGAACAUUUUAAUUCGUUUUUGCCCCACGGUUCAAAGUUUCUUAAGCGUGAAAAUAAACGAGUUCUAAAUGUUAGAUUUCUCUUGAAACGCUUCCACGCGAUGCUUUAGUUUAACCGCGAGAAAUUAUCUCCCUAUUUGAGUAUUUUUCUUCUUGGCAAGUAUGUAGGUGUGUGAAUUUAAAACUCUUUGAUAGGAAGGACUAAUUUCACCCACUUUCCGCCCACUUUGGCCACA